AUGGCGACGAGGUUUCCACGAAUGUGUAGAUCGACGCUGGACGAUCUCAGUGGUACCGUCAAAAUUGAAAUCGGAGCAAUAUUCGCAGCGGUGAUGCGAAAAACAGUGAUCUUGUGCGGUGUGAAACUCCUGAAGGACGGUGGCUGCAGGUCCGGAACCCAAGGACAACGCCUGGAUGACGUCGGAGGUUCAACGGCGUUAUGUCUAUCUGGAAUAAUAUUUGCAAGGCAAGUUAAAGGGGUUCCAGUUCCAGUGAGGAGAGCUGAAAUGAUUAUUCCGGUUCUCAUGAAGCAAGCUGGUCUAAAGCUCCAAGAAAAUGGCAUCUUUUUAAAUGUUGUAAGUGGCGUGACACUGGCAGAGACUGCUGGGGAUCUUGCUGUAGCAGCUGCCAUUUGCAGCAGCUUCUUGGAGUUUCCUAUUCCCAAUGGCAUUGCAUUCAUUGGAGAGAUCGGCCUUGGUGGUGAGCUUCGCACGGUACCCAGAAUAGAGAAAAGGGUGAACACAGUAGCGAAACUGGGAUACAAAAAAUGCGUAGUCCCAAAAGCUGCUGAAAAAUCUCUACCAACUCUUGAGGAUAUGAACAUUGAGAUUGUGGGCUGCAGGAAUCUGAAAGAGGUUAUCAGCUCAGUUUUUGUCUGA